CAAUUUUCAAAGGAGUGACAUUCAAUUUGAUUUGGAGGGGUAAAAUUGGGAAGUUGUAGGGGUUAAAGGUAUUUCAAGGCACUGACAGCCAGAUAAAUCCGAAAAAAUCACUCAUCGCGGUUUACACGCUGGUGUCAGUGGUGGCUAUGAGGAGGGGGUGGAGGAGGGUGAAUAAGUGGGAGUGGUGGAUAUUACCGUGGGGUAGGUCUAAUUAAUGAUACAGCACCAUCCCACGACGCUAUAACUGCCAAACCUAAUGCAUCUAUGACAAGCCAAGAGAGUGGGCGUGUAUAAUCUUUUGACUCCAAGUUGAUUAUCCCAGUGUCCAAUUGGCCCAACUCCCCCCCACUAGUGUGCCUCAAAAAUAGUCGGGGCUGGCCUGUGACACAUGUAAAACGUAAAUAUCCAGAGCUAAGACACUGGUGGAUGAUGAGGGAGAGGGAAAAAAAAGGAAGAAAAAAAAAAACAACGUGUGUGUGGAAGUGAGGGCAAACCAUGUGGCAUGAAACAUUGGCUCAAAACUUUUCACUCUGAUCUCUGACUUCGUGAUUGUCGGAGCCGGGUCUACACUGUCAGAGGCGUCACAUUCAAAUUCUCAGAGAGAUUAUUCAUAAUUUUGAGAGAAAACGAAUCGUAAUUUUUUAACAAUUUUUAGAACAGUUGGAAACGAAGUAAAUAAAUAAGUAAAUGAAAUAGAUCAGAUGAAUCAAUAAAUUAUCAUACAUUUAGUGACUGAUCUAUCGAUUUAUGUGAUAUCUGAUUGGCAGUAGAUACAGUGGUGCGGUGUGAAGUGUGGGAAUAAAAAUUUUAAGCAAUUGUGAUUGAUUGAUUGAUUGAUUGAUUGAUUGGAUGAUCAAUACCAUGAGUGUUGUGAGGUACUAGAUAAGAGAAAUAAGUGCUGGUGAUAUACCAAGACGUAAACACACUGUGAAAUGAUGACCCUUAUGACAGACGUGGGAAGUUAUCCCUAUGAAACGAGGCCCUCGUGCGAUACUUACCAUUCACAUCACCAUCACCAUCGGCACUUUUACAGUUCACCGGAGGCGGAAUAUUUUUCGAGUUAUGGAGGUGAACGGGAUAGGGAAGAGCAGCAGAGAACUACUAGUGCUGAUGGAAGUGCUGCAUCACCGGAGAGCAUUGCUUCUGGUCAUUAUCGGCAUGAUCAGAUGAGAUCAAAUUAUCUCCCAGACUCUGACGACGCAUCGUCAAUCCUCUCUGCUGAUGCGUCAGGGGAUCCAGAGUCAACUUCAGCAGACGGUGAUGAGACGACUAAUGAAAGUGAAAGUGUAGAGCACGUGCCACAUCCCCACGUACUGGACGCCAGUUCACCCCAUGGGCCACGAAGGUGCCUGCUGUGGGCCUGCAAAGCAUGUAAAAAGAAGACAGUGACAGUUGACAGGAGAAAAGCAGCGACGCUGCGUGAGAGAAGAAGGUUGAGGAAGGUGAACGAGGCAUUUGAAGUACUGAAGAGGCGGACGAGUAACAAUCCUAACCAGAGAUUGCCCAAGGUAGAGAUAUUGCGAAACGCCAUCGAGUACAUUGAGAGCCUCGAGGCACUUCUUCAGGGCAAUAGAUCGACCAGUCAGGAUCACGUCUCGGAAAAUACCAGUGGGGAAUCACCGCAGUACGUCACAGACAGACUCCGCCAAUUUUCGGAUCCACUGGCGAGGUUUCAGCCGAUCAACGGAUUCGCAGGAACAGAGAGCUCAACCAGUCAGAGCAGUGGUAGCAGCCUCGAUUGCCUUAAUAUGAUUGUCCAGAGCAUAAGCGGCGAGUCCAAUGAUAAUAGUCAUUAUCCACCUCAUAAUUGAAUUAUCAACAGUAUUAAGUUGUUUUUUUUAUUGCGUGUAACACGUGGACCUGAUUACCAUGACUAUUUCUAGAGGAUCAACAUGACCAAAGGAAACAUUUUUGUUCAAUUGACUUAAUUGUUCAGUGGGAAAUUAGUUGUAAGAUCGGAGGAUAAACAAUGCCAAAUAAUAUUGCCAAAGGAAUUGAAAAGGGGAAACAUACGUCGAGUGAUGUACAAUAAAAAAUAAAAGAGAUUAUUUUACUGCUUUUUUUAUAGUAAAAAUUAUAAAUUCAACUCUCUGGAGUGUUAAGGUUGUUGUCGUUCGAAAUAUUUAUUCGACAUUUUUUGUUUAAACUUUUAUGGUGAAUAGUUUGAAAGAGUAGCUGCAAAACCAUCACUUUCUGGUUGACAUUAACCGGUAAACUUUUUACAGAGACUGUCGUACGAUAACGACCUUAAGAGAAGUUGAUAAAUAAAUUAGUCAUUAAUUUAAGUGAAUGCAUAGUCGCAGAUUUUAUGAUUCUGUCUCGAUGUAUUCUCAAUUUGAUAACAGAGGCACCGAAUUGCUCAACAUUUAUGUAAAUAUCAAUCACAAUGACAAUAAAAGAAAUAUUUGAAGACAA